CACCAAACCACCACGAACAUGUGAAGCAACGCGCCACAACCCAGCUCUCCGCAAACGAUGUACCACCUGUUCAAGUCGAUAUACCUUCACGCAACAAGUAAAGAAGAGUACUCGGUCCUCCUUCUCGGCCUCGACAACGCCGGCAAAACCACGCUCCUCGAACAAAUAAAAGGCACCUAUACGCCCUCUCACCCGAACCUGAAAACCGUCCCCACCGUCGGCCAAAACGUAGCUACAAUCGCCCUACCACCACCGAACCCUCCAAUCUACCUCAAGAUAUGGGACGUGGGCGGUCAGCAUAGUCUGCGCGGACUAUGGCAGAGCUACUACAGCAGCUGCCACGCCAUCGUCUUCGUGAUAGACAGUAGCGAUGUCGGGAACGCGACACUCGCCGACCUCUCUGCCCUCGACGCGGCUCACAACGAAGAUAUUGGACGGCUAGAUGAAUGCAAACUGGUAUUGGAGAGCGUGCUGGCAAAUGAGGAUGCGAGUGGGGUGCCGAUAUUGAUAUUGGCAAAUAAGCAGGACAGAGAAGAUUGCGUCGAGGUCGUGCGGAUCAAGGAGGGGUUUGUGAGGCGGGUAUUCGAGGGGGAGAAGGGGGGAAAUGUCAGGGACAGCAGGGUGUUACCUUGCAGCGCGCUGACAGGGACGGGUGUACAAGAGGCCGUAGAGUGGUUGUGUAGUAGGAUGGCAUUCAACAAAGAGGCGAGGCCGCCAGUUAUGCGGUAGCUGGAGGGUGGAUGAGCAGAUGGUACACAGAGAUGAAUAUACCCCAUGUUUGAGCGCCCACACGAGAAUCGCCACAAAAGACCUGUACCAUUUUCCUCCGUUACAAAAAGAGAUAUGCCUUGCCGCAUGCAGGCUAGAGCAAGAGGCAAAAACACACAACAGCGGGCAUUCGCUAGUAAUCACGCACCUAACUACUAAUCCGCCGG